AUGAUUCCUUCGGCUGAGUCUUGCCGGCUGAGCAGCCACCAUGGCGAGACAUCCGCACCCACCACCCAGGAGAACCAGCUGGGCAUGUUCGAAAAAUCCUUGCGUGAGAAGGUCCACAAUCAAUGGGAAAGGCAAUGCGUGCCCACGACCAAAUGCGACAAGUGUCAGUCGCAGGGCCACAAAGUCCUUCAGAAGUGUUCCAUUUGUACGUGGAGCAUUUGCCAGGAAUGCAGUAAAGAUUCCGGACUCCGAAAGAGCGAGGGUCCAUGUCACAUACUAGAUCACAACGCCGUGGACUGGAUUUUGAAGGAGGACAGCACCAAUGCCGAGAAGGAUAGCACCAACUCUUGGAAGAAGAGAACCAAUGCCAAGAAGAACACCACCCAUGCCAAGAAGACGACUACGAGGCGCGCCAAAAGGGUCAAGACGGCCAACAAGGUCGAGAUAACUCUUGUGGCUGUCACGGAAGAACCCCAGGCCAGUGACAUCAGUGGCAUCAGUGGCCACGCAAAGGGCCAGAUUCUUCCUCACCCUCUCCAGGGACAAGCACACAAGGCAAUUCAAACCAUGCCCGCAAGUUAUCCUCCACACAGAUUCCCUGAAAGAAAUGUCGAUGAUGAGCAUGAAAUCGUCGCUGGUAUGCCCACGCAGAGGCAAAACUCGAAUAGUCCCUACCCAGACAGGCAAGAGAAUCCAAGUACAACAAAGGGUUUUGUACCGGCUCAGAUCCUUCUGCCGAACCCGUCAACAUAUCCGUACCUGCCUUCCUUGCCACCAUUUUCGUCUGGACACUCCCUGCCACUCCAGUAUACGACGACUAUAGGUAGGGCCGCUCACGGCCUCCCCAGAGAACCAUGGCCGUCCCAUACCAAGUUUCGUCAGCCGCUAGCUAUCCGACACGGUUCUGCCGACUCGGUCCAAAUAUGGAUUCCGCCGUUUGAGAAUAGAAUAGGUUAUGGUAAACAGACUCGCCCGGAACCUGGGCCCCCAGGACCGCACGAAACUCUUCACUCGGUGCCGCGGGAAUUCGUACCGACUCGUGUGUGUGAAGAAGAGCCAAGCAGGGAGCAGCUCGCCCCGGAGUGUUUCACCACCCCCCCGAACCUUACAUCUCAAUGCCAAGAGUACCAUGAGACCAAGCCCAUUCUAGGGAAGCGUGGCCGGUCAACAUUCACACUACUUGAGCCCGAGGUCAACUUAGGAGUGCCCUACCUAAGACUUGCGCUCUCAUUAUGCGGAGACACCAAGUGA